CAUGUCACGUCCGCAGAGAUCCCCCCAUCCUGUGAAAAAGUACGUCGAACGCGUCGCGUCGUUGGAUAUAGAAGAAUACCCACAGUGGGAUUUAAAUAAAGAAUUGCCGAAACUUCCCGUUCCGGAUGUCGAUGUAACGCUUGAUAAGUAUUUGCGCUGUAUACGACCAUUGGUAGGUGAUUCCCAGUAUGAGAAUACAAAAAGAUUGGUUGGGAAAUUUCGAGAGACGGUCGCUAACGAUCUGCAAAGCGAGCUACUCGACUACGCGAAUCAAGUGGAAAAUUGGGCAUUCGAUUUCUGGUUGGAAGACAUGUAUUUUAAAAACAAACUCGCUCUUCCGGUCAAUUCUAACCCCGGAAUGGUCUUUCCAAGACAGAAUUUCCCUGAAAAGAGUGACGCCUUAAGAUUCGCCGCCAGACUUAUUUCGGGUAUUUUGGAUUAUAAGCUUGUGAUUGACUCAAAACAACUUCCGGUCGAUCGCGCCCGGCAUAGCAAGAAAGGACAACCAUUAUGUAUGGAACAAUAUUAUAGAUUAUUUUCAACUUAUCGGGAACCCGGCAUCCAUAAAGAUUCUCACGUAUAUAUGUCUACCACCGGCAAUAUAGAACCGGAACACAUUAUUGUUGCAUGUAAUAACCAGCUCUUCCCGCUGUAUCUAAAACAUAAUCGAAGCCGACUAAGUGUUGAUAAUAUUUACGCACAAUUGAAGAGGAUCAUGACCCUUGCCGAUGAAGGAGAUGCUAACGAGGAAGUGGGAGUCUUAACCAGUUUACAGCGAGAUAAGUGGGCUGAAUGUCGGUUGAAAUUGAUGGAAGAACCGGUCAAUAAAAGGAGUUUAAGCCUGAUAGAGAAUAGUAUCUUCAUACUUUGUAUUGAUCAUACGCUACCGGCCACAUUCAAUCAUCAAACGACCGGAAAGAAUCGUGACGACGUUUCUCAAGCCCUUCAGAUGCUUCAUGGGCUUGGAAGCUCCUUUAAUUCCUGCAAUAGAUGGUACGACAAGACUAUGCAAUUUGUUGUUUGCAUGGAUGGAACUUGCGGUCUUAAUUACGAACAUUCCCCUGCAGAGGGCAUUGCUGUUGUUCAGCUUAUAGAACAUCUUCUCAAAUAUAUGGAUGAACUGCAAAAGCAGAAGUUAUGUAGAUUGAUGUCAUUGACGGAUCUGGAUGAGCCACAGAAGUUAAACUGGGAAUUGAAGCCAGAAAUACUAGAUGAAAUUCAACUCGCCCGUAACAGAAUCGAUAAAUUAAUCGAAUCGCUCGAUUUACACAUACUCCGUUUUUCUGACUAUGGAAAAGAAUUUGUUAAGUCUCAAAACAUGAGUCCGGAUGCUUUUAUUCAACUGGCUCUUCAGCUAACUUACUACAAAGAGUACAAGAAAUUGGUCUCAACUUACGAAAGUGCAUCAAUUAGAAGAUUCCGUUUUGGUAGAGUUGACAAUAUACGAGCCUGCUCUUCAGAAGCCCUUGACUGGGUUCGAGCUAUGGUUGAUGAAAUUCAAGUUUCGGUUAGACCAGAAUAA